UUUCACUACUUUCACACUCUACAUCUAUUCUCUCUCUACCUCUCUUGCUCCCUCCCUACUACACAGUGAUUCGGUGUACAGUACCCUCUGUCAUUCUGUGCUGGCAUGGUGCUUGUGCAACUGGGACUGCAUUUUUUGCUGAAGAGGCACAAAGAUAAUAGCGCAGGCAGCUCUCUUCUUUCUGUCUUUCCCACUCUUUCCAUCCCCUCUUCUGUCUCUGAAGCACUGUGGUGAGCAGGCCCAAACUCCUCUUACGUACACAGUGUCGGGUCACCUCUCCUCCAGUUUAGGAUAGGAUCAGCAACCACGUAUAGAUCAAAAUAAUGGUGUAGUUGUUUUUCAACCCAUGUAUUGAACAUUGAUACAUAACUAACAGUCAGCCAUGUUAAUGAUAAAAAAUAUAUUUAUCAUUAAGAUAAUGAAACAUAAGAAACAUAGGCAUGACAUUGUCAUGAUAUUUUAAUCAUGAAUAAACAAGUAAUUCCUUAAUAUAUUAAAACAAUAUAAAAACUGAAAAUAAUAGCUUGCUAAGACACAUUCUAAAUAUUAAACUUUUUCAUGCACUGGCUUUUCUGGUGGACCUAAAUCAGAUGAGACUACGUAUUCAGGGCACUUUAACAGUUGUCUUGUUAUAUGUUGUGAUUUUAGGAGAAAAUUCAGUCAUCCAUGCUAAUCGUGACAAUAUCUUUAUAUGUCCUGCUUGAAAAGAAAAACACCAUUUACAUAGCACCCUGAAAAUGUGUUUUCCAUGGCUAGAAUCAACUGAAGCAAGAACAUUCAAAUUGUAUAUCCUGGUUGAGUUCUGUGUAUGACGCACUUUGUGUGUAGGUGGUGGAGAGGGAGAAAAGAAAGGGAGAGAGGUGGCCUGCUCACCUGGCUUGAGUGGCUCUUUUACUCCUGCGCUAUUAUUUGUGGAGGGGCACUGAGGGCCGAGCUGCAGCAUCACACAGUUCUUCACACAUCUGUGGAAAAAUGGCCACAUCAAGAGGUGCUGUCAGCUGUCACUUAGUCACCAAUAAUAAUAAUAAUACUUGCACACCUGACGUAUUCUCUUUGGAAAGUGCAUGCCCAAAGACAAAGGUGGCAGGCUUUUUAUCCACAGGCAAGUAACCAUGAAAGUUUGCCACCAAUUAAAACUGUUAACACUGAAGAUCAUUUUAGAGGAUUUGGUGACACCUGUCAUAACAUCAGGAGCGUUCUCACUAUACAGAUGACACGAUUCCUGUUUGAAAGGCAAAAUGUAGUAACAAGCCAAAUGCCUCACAGCAUCUGCCAAAAUUAUUAGCCUCAAAAUAGACCCGUAGACAGGUUUUAUUUAUACGUUUUAAGCACAUUUUAAGUAAGUAAAAUGUUACAUGAAAUGUUAAAACACAUUGCAUAACAUAACAUGCAGUAUGUAACAAUGUUUUUAGGUACACAGGUCUGCCCCUGCUUCCGUAGUGCAACCCUAUAAGGUGUUAGGAUUUCUGGAAGUUGUCCACAAGUGUUACAUCUGAGAACUGUUAGUGAAUGCUUUGGCCCAGCUUCUCGGAGCCCCUCCCCAGCCACUUAUUGUGUGUGAUUUAUAGGCAGCUAGAGGUCUGUGGUACUUUUAUUGGGAUCUUUUUUCUUCUGUCUUUCCCCUUUAGUCUUUGCUCUUUCUCUCUAACAUUGUUUUUGCAUUGCAUGUGUUAACUUGGUAGCAUUCAGUACUAUUUUCUCUCAACACACUGUCCUAAUCACUACUACAAUUUUCCUCCUAGACUCAUUCCUCCCACGUCUCUCCCCUUCCAGCCCCUCCAACCUACCCUCCUCCCCUUACCUGACCCUGUCCCAGAGCGAUAUGCAGCGGGUUGCCUCAGAGCCACAGACACCACACAUAUGCACCAGAAAUCUAAGAAACACAUGUUUACAGGCCACAGGAAGAUUGAUUUUCUUGGUAACAACUUUGCUGCGUAUUUCUUUUGUUUUAAGUUGUAGUCAUUACUAAUCAGCCCAUUAGGACUUUGGUUACAUUAAGUGGAACAGAACAGAAAUGGGAUAUUUAGUAUAAGUGUUUCAGCUGUUAAUGAAUUAUGAAGUGUGUAACCUUUUGCACUAAAGUCAGACAUUAUUUGACAUUGCUGUUUGUCACUGUUAACUGUUAGACAUCGAUCAUCUAUUAUUAGGUAUUAAAAUCCUGACCCUCAUUUUUUACAACACUGCAUGCUCUUUAUUUAGCACCAGUCUAAGUGAACAACGGGGGUGAUGGGGUCAGGGUCAUUCAGGCCUCUGAAUGUUUUUUUUUUUAAAUCAACAAUGGAGUAACAGUGGAGAUUUAAAAAAACAAACAAAAAAUAACCAAAAACACACAGUCUGACUACCUUACUUCAAACUCAGUGGGAAUGUGAGUGUUCCAGUCUUUGUUUAAAGACAUUGGAGGCGCCUUCAAAGUUUGGCCGUCAGUGUUUUUAAUGUAACUACACUUUGAUAAACUUCCAGUUGAUGAAUUGUGUCUUCAGAAUUAUGAGGUAAGUAUGUAUCUUUGAAUUAUUGUAUAUCUUUAAACCGUUAUAUUAAUUGGACUCUGCUUCUCUGUCAUUUGCCCCAUCAGUUAGUUAAUGAAAUCUUCAAUCCCCAUCAAGUUCAAUCAGACACGUACCUCCAUUCACUGACAUGUAGGAGCCCUCUGUUUUAGUCGUUUGGCUCUUGGUGCACUGAGACAGUUGUUUCCAUUUAGUCACACCUGCAGUAGCUGAGACUGACCAGGAAUGUACAGAGCACCAAACACGGGGAGCUGUAAGAGUUUAUGAGGAGAAACAGACAGCAGGCCCUGUCCACCAUCAGCACUUGCCAAAAGACAUUCCUCAGGCACACGAGAGGAUGAUGAGUAACUGCAGCAGCCCACUUUUUGCAGAACAGAUCCCUAAAGGGUCUGUCUCAGUUUUCUUUUUGGAUCGUGCAAAAUCUCAGAUGUUGAGAGCCGAUGUUGUUAUUGAGAGCAGUCAUCCAAGGAAAAUUACACAAGAUAUGUAAUUUGGGUUAAUUUAGUCGCUUCUGUGGAUUAUAUGCCUGUUCCGUGUUACAUCCUCCUUGGUAAUCUAAACACAUAAACACACCCAUACUGCACACAUAUAAAUGGCUGAACAGACAGAAGCAAUACGAUUCCUAAAUACUCUGAGGUCUCGAGGUGGGGUCCCCUGCAUAUCACUUCCCUGACCCAUAUCUUUUGCCAUGCACUGUGCCAAUGACAGCACAGUGCACACUUUUACAAACACCCCCUCUUGUAGAUCUCUUUUGUUUGGAUAACAUUUUCUACUUUUCUUUCUCCUGUAUUAACAGUCAGUUGGUGGAUUUAUUGACAUGCCUACCUUUUCUGUUUGUAUACAGUAUUAUGUUUGUUUAAAAGCAGAGUGAGAUUUGCAUUUUUAAGAACUAGAGAAGCUAGCAGAAUUGCAGUUGAAAGCGUUUGGCUGGUUUCUUACGUUGUGUCACGUGUGACUGUUUUUUUGACAGCCCAGUAUUUUAAAGCCAGGAUAACAUCGGGCACCGGCUGCUUCAGAAACAUGGCUGGAAGUUGGGGCAAGGCCUUGGCAAAACCAUGCAGGCGAUUUGAUCCUGCCCAUGUUGUGCUGAUGGUAAACUUAGUGGUAAAUGUUAUUUUAUCCCCCAAUUGAAUUGUUUUUUAUUUUGUUUUAAUUUCUCCCAUUUUUUGUUUUCCUCUCAUCAGAGCACCAAUGCUACAUAGGCUUUCAAUUCUCUCUGUAUUAGUCCUCAUUCUGCUGCUUGUAUAUUAUCAUGCAUUUGUAUUACUCUUAGAACAUUGUCAUUUUGUUUGUUUUCAGUUUUUUUAAACCUUGUGAUUCACACCCUGUGAUUUAGAUGCACAUUGUUUUUGUCUGGUCCCUUUCUUUUCCACUGGAAUGGGUAAUGUGGAAGUAUUGUCACUGUGUUUAAAGAUUGGUGAUAGUUUGGGUUGACUGUAAUUGUUCAUUAAUCUUUAAUUCUGGGCCUGGCUUGUGACUCCAUUCAAACAGACCACUGCAGUGGCUGGCUAACAGACCCCAACUUUUUUGGUUUCACUUCUCUACCACAGUUGGGAAAAGAGUGUGAAAACACAUGUCUAUCAGUAGGUAGUCUUGUGAUCUAGAUAUCACACAAUCAGUCCUUGGAAUAAGGCCUCCACAAUCCUGCAAUCAGAGUUAGGUUUUAAGCUAAAAGCUGACCCAGCUGCCAGACACUGCAGUGGACUGAGAGUCCAAGCAAGCCAUUAUAUGUUACAAUGCCCAUGCAUUAAUGAUUUCAGAAUUAAUAUGUCAUUGGGCUGUGAUGACUAAAUUAAAUUAGGAAUGCACAGGAAUGACACAGAUAUUUGCAUCAAAUAAUGUUCUUACCCUCCUCUGUCCAGAAAGGUAAGAAUGUGCCAGGAAGUAGCCCGCUUGAAAGUAAUUAUUAUCAGACAUGUUGUCUCUGGGCUCUUUUUGGCUCAAAGUAUUACUUUGGCAGGACAGUGGAAAAUGCAUGGUAUUAGCACUCUGUUUUUCUUUCUAUUAGAGAAAACCCUUAAUAAAAAAAAAAUGGCAAGAAAUUUAAUCAGUGAAUCUUCUGAUUAUACAUUUCCAAGCCCAAUUCUUGUAGUUAUUCCAUAUGCCCAAUGGUAUACAUAGAACAUUGAUUCAUGAAAAAAAAAAACUAACUUUAAAUAUGUGGGAAGAAAAAAACUGAAACCAAACUGAAUUGAUAAUCACUAUCAGUAAGAUUGAUUAUUGUAUCUGGCUGGCAACAGGAGCAGCAGACUAGUCCAAAUUCUUUUUUAUGCCUUUUGUGUUGAGAUUCCCCUGUCUAUCUGUCUGUCUGUCCUCCCCUUCCUUCUCCUCCUACCCAUACCCAUGUUUUACCAGGUAAGUAUCCCCAUCCCUUGCACUGUCACCAUGGCGAUACCUGGCCUGUGACGUCACUCUGCUGUAGUUCAGUGCUUGUGUCCUUUUUUAAUUUUACUCUCUGUCUUUCUCUCUGCUUUGUUUGGCUGAUUAUGAGUGGAUUAAGCAAUUCUGUGUCAAUCUCCAAAGUAGUUUUGAUUUUUAUAUAUUUUAUAUCUUUAAUGUUUCAUUCUGUUUUUUGGUUGUCUUUGGUUUGUUUAUUUUUCUACAGUUAAUUUCCUUCCGAUCUAGCUCUUUUCACAGCUUACGUAAUAUAGCUUAAGUAGGCAGGAAAAUAAUCUUUCAGCUCCAGUCAUGUUGAGGAAGGGGGCCUGGGACAAGGGAACAUAUUUUGACCUCAGGACAGUGAAAGGGACUUGCAAGGGUCAGCCAGCCUGCGGACAUUUCAGAAAGAGAUGAUGCAAUAGGCCUUAGAUAAUAUUGGGAGGUUUUGUUCCACUCAUGGAGGAUGUCGCAGUGGCGCUCGUUGAGCAGUGGCAGCAGCUGCGCAGGCCUGUUGCAACUCCCUUCACACACACACACACCACAGCCCCUCAAGCUGUAGUGUCCUUGAUAAACUUGGCAUUCUGGUUUAACAGGACUGCAGCAAUGAACAGGUGGAGGAGGGGUGGUGUGAGGGACAACUAAACUGAAAAGAUAUGGAAACAGAUUGGCUUAAAGCUGACAGCUCUGUUUCUCAUGAGCUUUCUUUUUUUCUCUAGUAAGACCUAUUGCUGCAGAACAACCCUGAUGCCCUUGACUUCAUUUAAUUCACCAGAAAUACAAUAGUUGCAGCUAAUUUGACUCAUUCAAAAUGCAAAUGAGCAGCCAGGUCAAAUAAAACUUUGUUUAGCUAAGAAAAAUUGGUCUAUUUUUAGUGGCUGCAGUAAGCUGUGAGAAUGGCUGGUGUUUGGUUCACUGUAGCUUUCUGGUCUCUUUGCACUUCAAGGCAAAAUUCUCUAACCCCAGCACCCUAUGCUCUAAAAGCAGGCUGUCUCCGAGCUGGCCCUCCGUCUCAGUCUCAAAAACUCACCUAGAUCUCUCUCUGUCUCUUUUCCCUUAGGACGCACCGACCCUGUGCCCAUCAUCCUCAAAUAUGAUGUCAUGGGAAUGGGACGGAUGGAGAUGGAGCUGGACUAUGCAGAGGAUGCCACAGAAAAGAGAAGAGUGCUUGAAGUGGAGAAGGAGGACACAGAAGAACUGCGGCAAAAAUACAAGGACCAGGUGGAAAAGGAGAAAGCUAUCGCAAAGGCUCUGGAAGACCUGAGAGCCAAUUUCUACUGUGAGCUAUGUGACAAACAGUAUACCAAACACCAGGAAUUUGACAACCACAUUAACUCUUAUGACCACGCUCACAAGCAGAGGCUUAAAGAGCUAAAGCAGAGAGAGUUUGCUCGGAAUGUGUCAUCACGUUCCCGGAAAGGUGGAAAGAAGCAAGAAAAGAUGCUGCGCCGACUGCAUGAGCUGGCUGAGCAAAGGAAACAACAGGACCGUACUCCAGGAAGUGGGCCCAUGUUCAAAACUACCACAGUGGCUGUGGAUGGAGAGAAAGCAGAAGAGAGUGACAGCAUGACGCCUGAGAACACCCCUUUGUUAGACAGUGCCCGGGAAGAAUCACCAGCAGAUAAAACUGGGCAGUCCUCCCCAAAGCCAGGUCCAACAAUCAGCUUCUCUCUGGGGAAGAGCACCGCCUCCUCCCCAACCCCCAGUGGCGCAUCCAAAGUCAGUGUGUCCUUCUCUUUUGCCAAGAAAGCCCCAGUAAAGUUAGAGACAGCAGCAGCAGUGUUUGCUGAUCAUGGAGAGGAAGCUAUGGAGGAAGAGGAAAGCCAGGAGGGAGAAAAGGCUGGAGGGCAAGACGAGACAUCUGGCUGCAGCACAGACAGCCCUAAGGAAAGCUCAGGAGGAGGUGAAGUAGGAGAGGGCGUUAGUGUGGCAGGGGCGGAAGAGGUGCAGCAGCCUGAUGACGGAGCGUCUCUAGCCUCCACUCUCAACAAACUGAAGAUGAUGAUGAAAAAAGAGGAGGGAUAUGCUGGACAGGAGCCUCAGUAUUAUCACUAUGUACCUCCAGCUCACUGCCGAGUAAAGCCUCACUUCCAGUUUUUGCUGUUUAUGAAGGCCACCGAUCAGUGUCCGAGCAAAGAAGAGGAAGACGAGGAAGAGGGGGAAGAGGAGAAGAAGGUUGAUGAUGGUUCUGAACCGACAGAGCCCAACGUUACAGAGUGUAAGACUGAAAAAGAACAGGGUAAUAUCGCUUCAACCCCUGACCCAGAGCCAACUCCUCCAUCACCUGAAGUGAAGACAGAGGAGGUGUCUACAUGUGCAGCAGAUACAGCUACUGUAGUACCCACUUCCCCUACACAAAAAGCAGAGAGCACACAGGAUAGCCUCGAUUCCAACUCGGGUCCUAAAAUCCCCACAGGACCCUUCUUCCCAGUCCUGAGCAAAGAUGAGAGCACUACCCUGCAGUGGCCCUCUGAGCUCCUCGAAUUUACAAAAGCUCAGCCUUCUCUGUCUUACAGCUGCAAUCCCCUCUACUUUGACUUCAAGCUGUCCCGCAACAAAGGAGCGCGUGGUGGGAAAGCAGCAAAGUCCCCUAAACCUUGUGAAGAGUCUAAUGACAAGGGACAAGAGAUGGCUGUCUCAGCGGAAGUAGAUACAGCAACUAAACCUGGAACCAGCACUGACAAAGACAAGCCAAUGAUGAAGGGAGAGUCUGGCCCACCAGACGGUGAUGAGCAAAAGCCAGCAACUGGCAGCAGUAGUGCCAAGAAAAAAAAGAAAAAGAAGAAGCAUAAGAAGUCUGCGAAGCACUCAAAACGCAAAGAAAAAGAAAAAGGGGCAAAAGAAGAUGGGGAGGGAGAGACUGAGGUAACACAAGAUAAGCCCAAAAAGAAGAAAAAACACAAAAGGAAGAAGAGCAAAAACAAGGCUCCAGAUCAAGAUGAGGCAGCAGGGGAUGAAAAGGAAAAGGCAAAACCAAAGUCAGAAGAUAAGGCUGUUGCCUCCUCUGUUCAGCUGACAACUGGAGGAGGAGGAGCUACAGGAAAUACAGGAGCGGAACUGGGGAAGAGGAAACGUGCUGCUAAGGAAGUGCCUUGCAAGUCUGGAGCAGAGGAAGGAGGAGCCGGUAAAGGCACCGACAAGGCCAACUCUUCAGAGGAUCACAGUGGCACCAAGCGUCAAAAGACUGACUCAAGUGCAUCUCAAAGUGCCUCCUGCUCCACCUCAGCCCAAAAGAGUCCUGGUCCAGGUAGACCUCCCAGCAGCGAGAGUGAAGAAGAAGGGGGCUCUAAUACGCAGCGGUCACGUCAUCAUAGGUCAAGUCCACGGGAACAACGUCGCCACCAUAGUGAGGAAUCAAGGCGGUCCUGCAGUCGUUCUUCAAGACGAGGGGAAAGACGGGGUAGCAGUCGUCGACGCCAUCAUGGCCAGAACUCCCGUAGUCACUCUUACUCCAGCAGCUCUGAGCGCUCCUCAGCUGGCAGCAGCGCCUACAGCCACCGUAGCCGUAGCUACUCAGACAGCUACAGCGACUACAGCACAGAGGGUCGCAGACGGAGGCACUCCAAACGGUCAUCAGACUCUGAGUAUGAGCGAAGGGGAAGCCGAGGACACAGACGGUCCAGAAGACAUCAGUACUCCUCUUCCUCCUCAGAAGACUCACGCUCACGUUCACGCAGCUACAGCCGCAGGAAGAGGCACCGGCGGCACCAUAGGAGCAGCUCAAGAAGCUCUAGUAGCUGGAGCCGCAGCACCAGUGCAAGAUCGUGGAGGCGCAGCUACAGCCGUAGCCACAGCUCUGCCAGUCGCUCCUCCAGUUCUACCAAAGGCUCCCCUCGCCGACGAGGCCCCAGGGGUCGAGUGGACAGUGAGUCACACCGCAGAGACUUCAACCGCUCUUGCAUCUACCGCUCCCAGUCUCCACGUUCAUCUUCAUCGCGAGGCCUUAAUCGCAACACCCAUUCAUCCAGCUCGCAGGCUCUGAGGCCAGGGGGGUCCAGAGAUGCAGGGGAACAGAAAAACUCCCUAACUGCACGCCAGCUGCUAGAGAAGGUUCAGUCUAAAAAAAGCUCUGAUGAUUCUACCACAGGAACAAAAUCUGGGAUUAAGAUUAAGGACCCACCACAGGGCUACUUUGGUCCCAAACUACCCCCAACCCUGGGAAACAAAGCCAUGCUGCCCCUUUUUGGUAAGCUGCAGGCAGGGAAGAAACCAAUGAUUCCCCUGACGAGACCUGAUGAGGGUGAGAAAUCAGGAGCAGGGAAGGGAUCUGAGGCUGAGGCAGAGGUUAUCCUGGUAGAGCCUAUAAGGGAGUUCCCCCCUCCACCACCACCUCCAGCUCCACCGGUCAAGAAGGUUGAGGAGGCCCCACAGCAGAGCACAGUGGUACAAGAGGAAACACCCCACCCGACUACAGAAGCCCAGGUGCACCAAGAACCCCGGCCGUUGUUUGAGCAGGAGCCUUCCAUGAUGAUGCCACAGUACCAAGGAGAAUCAGGGCAGGACCCUUCGCAGAACCCCAUGAUGGAGUCCCUCAUGCCAGAAAUGCAGCAGCAGCCCCCAAUGCAUGCCUACCCUGCUUACCCACCACCCAGCCUGGAGGAGGAUGGUAUGGAGGCAGAGGAGGAUGGACUGGCACCUUUGGAGAGUCAGCCCAUUACGUUCACACCAGAGGAGAUGGAAAAAUACAGCAAGCUUCAACAGGCUGCACAGCAGCACAUCCAGCAACAGCUUUUGGCCAAGCAGGUCAAGACAUUUCCCUCUGCUGCUGCGGCUGCAGCCGCUGCUGCAGCAGCUGCCAACUUGGCUCCAGCUCCACCUCCCCCAACCCUGCAGCAGAUCCACAUUCAGCAGCCCACAGUGUCUGUAGCCUCUGGCACAUCAAUCACCACAGUGCAACACGCUAUCCUGCAACACCACGCUGCCACUGCUGCAGCCAUGGGCAUUCACCCAGGACACCCCCACCACCCACACCAUGCACAUGCCCAGUUGGCCCAAGUACACCACAUUCCCCAGCACCACCUGACCCCCAUCUCCUUGUCUCCUUUGGGCCAUUCUCUUGGUCAUUCUCUGGGACACUCACUAGGACAUGCUGGACUGAUUCCUGCCCACCCAACAGCCUUUCUUUCUGGUCAGCCUAUACAUAUUAUCCCAGCUUCUGCACUUCACCACACCCCCUUAGCUCUCCACCAUGUACCACAUACAGCCCUGUACCCCACACUUUUCACACCCAGGCACUCACAGGCUGCUGCAGCAGCAGCUCUCCAACUCCACCCACUGCUACACCCAAUCUUCUCAGGACAGGACCUCCAGCAUCCACCUAACCAUGGCUCCUGAGUAAUGAUGCAAGUGAAGGACUGUAGCCACUGGAAGAAAGACUUAACCUAACCGGCUUGGUGUAGGGUUAAAGGACGUCUUUGUGACAACGUGCAGUCAGUGAGACAGGAAGCGGUCAAUAAACCAUCAUUUUACUGGCCUACACAGUGCAGCAAGUUGUAGCCACAAAGUGGUGUUGCCUGUGUUGGGUUCAAAAUUGACACUAAUAUUUUAUUCUGGCUCAUGUGAGGGUUUUUCAUGUUUUUCCCUGAAUUUUUAAAAACAGGGUGUAGAUUUAAAGAUACUUCUGCAAGACAUUGGUUUAUAUUCCAGAUUGAGGUAUAUUAAGAAGCCCCAUUUGUUUUUGAAUUCUAAGUCAGAGAAACCACUGGAGGUGUUUUUUGUUUUCCUCAUAAAAAUAUUAUUCUCACAGUUUUUGCUCAUCUUGGCAGCCAAAGAAACAUAAUGGCUGAAGCUAUAAGCAGAAUCAUGUUAGGGGGGGUGAGGAGUUCGUGGUAUUGUUUGAUUCUAUAAUGUAACCUUCAGAACUGUUUCAUAAUUACUGAUACUCUGUUCAUGUUUUCAUAGGACUACUUGCUCUCCAUCGGAUCCUAAGUCUCAAAUUAUUUGUAAUGCAGUAACCUGUACAUAUAUCAGUGUGUAAUGUGAAGAAUCCCACCAAUGAUGACCAUAUGAAAUUACAGCUAUGGUGUCCAAAUCUGUAUGACAUUGUCACAUAGGAACCUCCUCUCAAAGCGAGGGGAAAUGUGAUGUAGGGGUUUUAAAAUCCCUGAUGCUCUGAGGCAAAGUUCAUGUUCCCUGUGGUUAGGGUACACCUGAAUGAAUUGCACUGAAAUCUGUACAUCUAGAUGGUGCGUUUGCAUCAUGUAACAAUAAGAUUGUAGUAUACUGCAAUAAUUGUAUUUUUCUGUUUUUAAAUUAUUUUCCAAAAUGCUCUUCAAAAGAAGAACUGUGUUUUGCUUUUGUGUAAUUUUGUAAAUAAAACUGCUGUAGAUUAACCUAUUAACAUUCUAGAGGUUUGAGACUGGCAUUGGAAAAAGACGAAUGUCUUGGUGGAUGGCAGGUAGACACAUGUAUGUAUUUUAUCAAGGUUGUUUCUAAAUUACCCCGGCUGGGAUGGCAAAGGAAUAGUGAUCUGUCAAACAGUAGCAACUCUGUAUUUUUUAAAACCUUAAUGUUUCAGCAAAUAAAAUCUUGAGUUCA